CCCCUCGCGCCCCCGUCUUUCCCGCUCCUCCUCGCCCCUCGGAGCCAUGCGGCGCCGCGCCCUGGCGCUGCUGCUGGUAGCUUACUGUCGUGCAGCUGAGCUGGCUGUCCUUGCCGAUGUCGCGGACUCCUUCCUGGAGCAGAGUGGACAGCGCGAGAUGCUGGCGACGUCUGGCGACGCGGCCCUGGAUGGAAGCCGCAGCUCGAAUGACAGCAGCAGGGCGCAGGAACUGGAGAUGGAGGUGGCGCGGCUGAAGGAAAGCAUCGCCAGAGAGAUCUCGCUCACAGAGGCCGCGCGGCGGGAGCGGUCCAGCGCCACGCGGCGGCUGUCCGCCGCGAACGCGUCGUUGGCCUCCGCCGAGGAGGAGCUGCGGAAGGCCAGGGAGGACGCCGAGGAGGCCGGCAGCCGGCUGCGCGAGGCGUGCGAGCUCAGCCCCGUGCUGUGCCGGCUGUCCGAGCCCCCGCAGGCGCUCCUGGCCGCGGCCGCCGGCCUCGUGGGCGUCGGAGCGCUCGGCGCCUCCAGGCGUCCGCGGCCUCCUCGCGGCCCUCGGCGGCUCCGCGGCCGGCGGGCUGCUGGUCGCGGGCUGCGGGCUGCUGCUGCUGCCCGAGGCCAGCGAGCCUCCGCGGGGCGGCCUGCUCUUCGGCGAGGAGCUUGCGAGCCUCCUGUCCGGCGGGGCGCCGCUUGCUGGCUACGGACUGUGGCUGUUGGUGCUGCUCUGCGGCGUGCUGAGGUGGGUCGUCGGCCAGGCGGCCCGUGGCGCCGCUGCCCCCGCGUGCCCGAAAUCGCCGCGGUUGGCUGACGGGCCUGGCCCGCCGGGCGCCGGCGUCGGACCUUGGCUGGCGGACUCGGGCUCCGACUGGGGGGACCCGCCGCCGCGGCCCGACGUCCGGCCCCAAGAAGGACCCGCGCGGAGGAAGCCGAAGGUCCGCGCCAGGGACCACGACGCCUCCCUGAGCGCCUCGCUCUCCAGGGUGGUGGGCGCCGCCCGGUGCCAGGGCGGCUUCUGCCGCUCCGGGCGGGCGGACUCGGACGACGAGGAGUGAGAUCGGCGGCGCGCGCGUGCGCCCGCGUGCGCCCGCGUGCGCGCGGCGCCCGCGUGCGCCAGGGCGGCCCUUCUGCCCGUCGGGGCGGGCGGGCUCGGGCGCUGACGAGUCGAGCGGCGCGCGCGGUCGGAGGGUCCACCGCGCAGGGAA